AUGGCGCGCGACACGACACGCCCAGUAGCCCAUCGCAAUGCGACUGGGAGACCGUCCAUCAAGAAGGUUUCCCGGAAGGUGCCUUUUUUCAAGACUACAUCCUACUCAGUCGCGAAGAAACUUUGUAUUAUCAAUGCAGCAAGAGACACAUCAAUAAAUGAUGCGCUCGACACCUACUUCCCAGGACUCACUGGAACCCCACGGAAGACGGCGUGGAAGCGGAUCUUCCGCUGGGAACAGUGCAGGCCUACCAUUGAGGCGGCUGCCAACGAACCGUCCAAUAGACUUAAAAAAUCUAUGCGACCACAAGGAACAUCCACCACAUUGGACAAGGCUACUGAGGAAGGCCUGGCUGACUGGGUCACCGAACUGCGUUCGGAAGGGAUCCCCGUAAGCAAUCUGUUGCUGCAAUCACGCGCGCUUGAGGUUGCCCGAGACUUGGGGUUUGGUCCCAACGACUUCAAAGCCAGCAAUGCUUGGAUCCAAGGCUGCAUGAAACGUUGGCGCUUCGCAAUGCGGUCCAAGAGCCGUGCUGGCCAAGCGGACCUAGCACAAGGAGAAGCGAAGUUAGCCGAGUUUUCAGCGCGCAUUCGCGACGUUGUAGCUACAAGGGGUGUUGAAACCAUUUACAAUGCCGAUCAAACUGGUAUCAACUACGAAUACAUACCAAAAAAGACAAUUAACCAACAAGGCGCCAAGACCGUAUGGAUCAAGGGCUCUGGACAUGAAAAGGAUCGUCUAACAGCAAUGGUGUUAGCAGAUUCAAAUGGCGUGAAUGCACACUUUACCGAUGAAGUUGUGCAAUUGGCGGAAGAAUUGAACGUCAUUCUGGAAAAAAUCCCUCCAUCAUUUACCUGGAUCUGCCAGCCCGCUGACGUCGCCUGGAUGAAGCCUAAGAAAAGUGCGUUACGCCGUCGUUGGGUUGAAUAUUUACGUACCGAGGUCCAAAACCAUCGUGAAGGCAAGUUCAAGCUAACUCCGCCUGACCGAUACGACCUUGUGGAGUGGCUCUUGCCGGCCAGCAAUGGGUUGUUAGACAAUGUGUGUCUUCCGUCCGACGACUUGUACGAACCAAAUUUGUCUGACAUUAUCAGAGUACCUGGUCGGAUGUGCUGCCCGAUCAUGGCAGACAAAGUUGGCUUCAUGGAACGUAAGGCGCCCGAACCACUUGACAAACGUCGGGUGCUGGGCUCCGCGAGGAGCCCAAUACACGGCGGAUCUGCUGUCCGAAAGAUUGAGGUAAUCUUUGACGAUAUCGAGUUUAGGCAAACAGUCUACUAA